AUGCUCUCGGAUCUCAGUCCAAGUCAGAGGAGAAAUAGAUCCAAGGACCAGGCUUUCCGUGGAGAACAUUUGAAGAUGGCAGCUGCUGAUAGCCGGUACAGAGGAGAGAAUCCUGCCUUAAGGAUUUAUCAGGGAGCUUGGAGUUCUGACCAGGGGAUCAACAUGGCUCCAGGCCCUCAGUUUGGCUUCUGGGCUGCAGUAUGUCAGUGUCUGCGAAAUAUGUGGGCCCAGAGGCACUUGGGCCUGUUUCUGCUUUUACUCUGGACUCUGGUGAUCCUGUGCUACCUUGUGAACAGUGAUUCUGUGUCUCCAAGAGAGAAAGUGCCAUGGCACAGUGAAGCUCCAGAACAUGGAUCCAAAUGGGAAAUUCUGGUGAACUUUUUCUUUCCAACAAGGAGUGAUGUAUCCAAGGCAUGCAUCAUAAGGGAGAACCAGGAGGUAGUGGCUUGUAAUAAGCAACCGUAUCUGAGCAAGACUGAAUGUUUAAGAUCCAAGUGCUGUUUUUCCUCAUCGGAGACCAAAAUGAGGUGCUAUGCUCCAAUAGAAGAUAAGCCUACACAGAUGCUCCGGGUGUUUGGGUUCUCUGUGAUCAGCAUGAUAAUCCUGGGAUUUCUUCCCGUGUAUUGCUGCUUUCUUUGCCGGAGGAGAGGGAAGAUGAACAGAGUGUUGAAGGAUUUGAAGAAACAAAAAACAAAACUGAAGAGGGGGCCGAAAACAAGGAAAGCACCAGAAGAAGAGAGAGGAGAUAGAAAGGAGCAGGAAGCCAGAGGUAAUUGA